UGCACUUCCUUUAUUUUGAGAUACAAGUAAGAGCAACAAUGUCUUUCUCAAAACUCUCUAAGACUGUCUUCAAAGUUCUCUGUACAAAUAGUGGGUCUUUGGAUUAUGAAGACCUCCUCAGUAUAACGACCCGCAUCGAUGGGGUGUCUGAUUUGAAUCUGAAAUCAGUAUUGUCAAACCAUCAGCUUUUCCUCGUCGUCCCAGGACCAGGGAGUGACGCUUCUACAUCUGGGAUAACCUUGGAUAGUCGAAUAAUUUCCACCUCCUCCAUAAGGCUGUGUAAAAAAUAUCCAAACAAGGAAUGCCAAGAUUGUGGAAUGCUUCACCUCUGCAGGUUUUUUAUACUUGGCAAUUGCAAAUUUGGAGUAAAAAGCAAUUCCUGCAAACAUUCUCAUGACAUCCAUGAUUUCCACAACUGGAAUGUCCUCAGCAUGAAAUCCCUCCAGGAACUGAGUGUGAAUGAACUGCGUAUUCUUCUGCUUCAGAAUGACCCAUCGUUUCUACCUGAGGUCUGCUUGCAUUACAAUAAGGGAAAUGAAAACCUUCACCAUGGAAUCUGUUCCCGUAAAGAGGCCUGUAAUAAACUCCACAUCUGCUCUCACUAUGUCUCAGGAAGUUGUAAAUUUGGGGAUCAGUGUCGACGUUCUCACAGCUUCUAUGAUGAUGACGUUUGUGUCCUACUCAGAAAAUUAUGUUUGGAUGAGCACGUGAUGCAGAAUCUGCUGAAGAUAUAUCAGAACAGGAACUACAUUAAGCAAGUUAACAGCACUGACGGAAAAGGUGCUGCCACAGGACACGCUUGCACAGGUAUCAACACAAAUGAUCAGGAGAUCUGUCUCUACUUCAUCCGAAAACACUGCAGCUUCAAAGAAAAGUGCAUACGAGAUCACUUCCACCUGCCCUAUAGGUGGCAAAUAUACAAGGAAAGAUGGGAGGAUUUGCCAAACAUGGAAGAAAUUGAAAUGGAUUUCUGUGACCCAAACAAUAUCACCAGCUCAGGGAUUUGUCCCAUUAACUUUGAGACAAUGAUGUUUGGGUCUUACAAGGUGAGGCGACUCUCCACUGCAUCUUCUGUAACUAAACCCCCGGGCUACAUCCUGACCACUGAAUGGCUGUGGUAUGCAAAGAAUGCUUCUGGAAAAUGGACUGAAUAUGAAAGUCAGGAUCAAGUAUGUUCGGCGGACCUUGAGAAACUGUACUUGGCUGAAAUCAGUGAAGUGUCUUCAGAAUCCAGUGCAAAACAAAGUUUUAAAGAAAUGUGCCAGAAGUUUAUACGUUUUGAAAGUGAAGACGAUUUUCGCAGAAGACCAAGAUUUGUCUCGAAACAAGACGUGGAGAAAAUAAUACAGAGAGCUUUGUUUAUUUUUAACUUUUCCGGCAGAGCCUCAUCAAAACAAGAAAAAACCAAUGACUAUAAUUCGAAAAGCAUUCCGGAACAUUGGGACAAGUCAGCUUUGGUGGACUUGGGAUUCAAGCGUAUUCAACUCUUACCAUCAUCUGAAGAGUAUAAGAAAGUCCAGGCCUUCUUCCAGAGCAGUAUGCAAUCCAGCAAAAUCCGGAAAAUUGACAGAAUCCAAAACGUUGGACUUUGGGAAAUAUUUCAGUGGAAAAAGGAGCAGAUGAGGAAAAUGAACGGAGCCAAGAAUGUGAACGAACGCCUUCUUUUUCAUGGGUUAACAACUCCUGCAAUUGUUAAUGACAUUUGCUUCCAGAACUUUGAAUUGGCAACUGAGGCAGGAAAUGGAUAUCUAUAUGGCAAAGGAAUACAUUUUGCUGAGAAAGCAUCUCGCUGUUUCUUUGACAUGUACUCAGGAUCUGCGAAAGAGCACAGCAUCAUGUUCUUGGCACGCGUACUGGUAGGAGAGUCUGCUCAAGGGCAUAGGGCUUGUGACCAGCUGCCAUCUAAGGAUGGCACAAGGCUCAAUUGUUAUGACAGUUGUGUUGACAACAUUAGUGAUCCCUCUAUCUUUGUUAUAUUUGAGAAAUAUCAGAUUUACCCAGAAUAUGUCAUAGAAUAUAAUACUGAUUUUACGUAAAAGUCAAACGUUUCUGCAAACUGUCUGGAAUAGAGGGUCAUUCUCAAAAAUGUGAUGCAAUCAGCACUCUCUUUACAGGAAUUCAAAGCUUUCUAAUUUUCACAGUUGUAGUUAAUUGGCACUGUUGUGCACAUUUAUUAAUCUCUGUUACUGCCUGCCAUGAAUCAGAAACAACCCGUCCCAAUACUUCCAAAUGCUGGGGUAAUGGCUAGCAUACUCUUUCAGUGCCUACAAUUGAACAGACGGUGAGAGAAUCUGAACAAAAUUCCUACAUGUUUAUUACUGGCAACUAAAGAUGAAUCCUUUUUCCGUUUCCCACCCAUGCCACCUGCACCCGUCCACCCCCACCCUCUUUUCCCACCACCAUUCACCAAGUGAACGGCUCACGAUCUAGAAAUGGCAGCAGGGUUGCAGUGGCAGCCCCACGCUUGUUUUACUCGGGUCCAACUUUGUUCUUGGCCAAACUUCCUUUAGUAAAAUGCAUGAGCACUAAAAUUCAUGAAUCUCCUGUGUAGCUGGAUUUACUCAGUUAUCUGCAAUGUGCAUUUAAUUAGUGUGGAAACUUUUUGAUCUUUCUCAUAGGAUAAAAUUUAUUUUGGGGAGCAACAAGGAGUUAUUAAGUUGAUAAUUUAUUUUUGGUGACAGUUUGAUUUUGAUUCAGGGAGAGAGAAUCUUUAAUACUAUGGAUGACUUUUAAAUUGGCAUAGGUGACUUUCCAUUUGUUUAUUUGAUUUAUUGCUUGUAUUUGCUAUCGGAAAUUUUUACUGAUAUGUAACCAUGUUCAAUGUAUUGGAGUGGUAUUACUUUAUAACAAUUAUUAUCACUAACUUCAUAAAUCUUGGAAUGAAAAUUAUUUGACUGGUAUUUGUUGCCAUGAAAGAUGUACUAAAUAUUCUGCUCCAUCCGAAAUGCGUCAACAUGCUGAAAAAGAGACUGUAUUUGUUUCAAUUUUACAUUUUCACAAUGUGAUUUUACUGUCACUUGUAGAGUUCAGUGCAUUUACCUCAUCGCGGUGUAAUAUUUUUAAAGAAUUCAGUUUUGUACUGAAUAUUUGUUACUUUGUUAAAGUAUUAAAAAAAUUGGAAAAUGUUCUUGGAUUAGCAUCAGCUGAUUUGUCUGAUUAUCAACAGGGUACUACAUUCUUGUAUAUUAUGGAGUUAAUUUUUCAGUGCAUAAAGUUUCCAGGCAUAAAAUAUGAAUUGGUAAUUGUAAACUGCUUGACUAAAUAAUUGUGUUGCAGUUCACAGUUCCUUCUUUUGGGUCUUGCUCUGGGUGCCUUUGGUUACAAUGGAGCAACCAGCUGACCAUGUGGUUUUGUGAUUUAGGAUUAUAACAAUAUCCUUAUGGUCUGUGUUACUACAAAAGAAAAAGAGAAAAUUCUGCAGAUACUUAGUAGGUUAAGCCACAUCCAUGGGAAGGGAAACAGGCUCAAUGUUUGAGGUCGGAGACCUCAGUUAAAAAUGAAAGUGAGACAAUAGAAGCUUGUGAAGCUGAAGAAAGGAUGAGGUGACUGUGGGAGGAAGCUGUAAAUAAAGUAUCUGGUCACUGAACGAAAGGGACAAAGGAAUGUGGGAGUUGCAAGGUGCAGAUAUUCCCACAGAAUGAAAAAAAACUAAUAUUACAGAUUACUGA